GGAGUAGCAGGGCUGUGCCUGGCCGCACAGCGCUGCUCUCUGCUCUGCUCACUGUUGUUGCCGCUCACCCAUCCACUCAUGCGGACCCUGCUCAAUCUGAUGGACUAACCGGAGGUCUGGUGGCGGACUGUUUUGGGCUUGUAGCGGACCGGGGACUGACCCGCUGGACCAUGGCUGCUAAAGACGACCUCUACAGUAAAAUCCUCCCUCGGAGGCUCCGGCAGAACCGGCCGGGCUCAGUGAAAUGUGGCUCCAGCCUUGAUGUGCUGUUAUCCAUGGGCUUCCCCAGACCAAGGGCACUGAAAGCUCUGGUAUCAACAGGAGGUCGCAGUGUGCAAGCAGCAUGUGACUGGCUGUUUUCCCACGUGGACGACCCGUUCCUGGACGACCCUCUGCCCAGAGAGUUCGUCCUCUACCUGCGACCGAGCGGACCACUACAGAACCAGCUCUCCCACUUCUGGCAGCAGAGCCGGGUCACUUGUGGCAAAAACAAAGCCCAUAACAUUUUCCCCCAUAUCACUCUCUGCCAGUUCUUCAUGUGUGCAGACCACAAAGUAGAAGCUCUAUGUGAGGCCCUCCAGGCCACCGUACAGCAGUGGCGGGGUCGAUUUCCCAGCCCGCUGCCCCUAGAGCUCUACACAUCCUCCAACUUCAUUGGUCUUUUUGUGGAGGAGCAGGUGGCCGACGUCCUCAAGCAGUUCGCAGCCGACUUUGCCACGGACGCUGCUAGGAAGGCAGAAGUCCACGUGGAGCCUCACAAGAAGCAGCUCCAUGUAACACUGGCCUACAACUUCCCCGCCGAUCACCUCCCAUCACUGGAGAAACUGGCCAAGGGCAUCGAAGUCAAGCUGGGCUGUGAUUGGCUGGCUGUCUUGUUCUCCCGGGACAUUCGUUUUGCUAACCAUGAGACCCUGCGGGUGAUGUACCCCUACAUGCCUCAGAAUGAGGAUGAGCUAGAGCUGGUUCCUGGGGAUUUUGUCUUCAUGUCUCCAGUGGACCAGACUAGCACCAGUGAGGGCUGGGUGUACGGGACCUCGCUGGCCACCGGGCUGUCCGGCCUGCUGCCUGAGAACUACGUCAGCCUGGCCGAUGAGUCCGACACCUGGGUCUUCCAUGGCUCCCACUCAUUCUUCAGCUGUGGGCCCAGUGACAAGACCAGUAAGGAGAGAGGGAUGUUUGAUGGCCUGCUGGACAGCCGACGCCCUGACAACACGAGUCCUGGAGACACACCCACCCUCAGUCUCAUUUGUCAUCCAAUGCAGCAGGUCCUGCGGAUCAGUGGUAGUCACUCUCGGCAGUCCAAGCGAACACUUUUCGUCUGCCGGCACGGUGAGAGGAUGGAUGUGGUAUUUGGCAAACACUGGCUCUCCCUCUGCUCAGACAGCAAAGGUAGAUAUGUACGUUCCAAUCUGAACAUGCCCCCCAGUUUGCCACUGUGGGGGGGACAGAGAGACUAUGACAUGGACACUCCUCUCACUGUGUUUGGAUCCACACAGGCUCGACUAGUGGGUGAGGCCCUGUUAGAGAGUAACACAGUGAUAGACUUUGUGUACUGCUCUCCCUCUCUGCGAUGUGUUCAGACUGCACAGAACAUCCUGAAAGGACUGCAGCAGGAUGGUAAACUGAAGGUGAGAGUGGAACCAGGGCUUUUUGAAUGGACCAAGUGGGUUUCUGGGAACUCGCUGCCUGCGUGGAUACCUCCGUCUGACCUGGCUGCAGCCCACUUCAGUGUGGACACAAUGUACAGACCUCUGAUCCCAGUCAGCAAGCUCACUGUGUCUGAAUCCUAUGAGAACUACAUGAGCCGGAGCUACCAAGUGACCAAAGAUAUCCUGUCAGACUGCAAAAACACUGGAAACAACGUGCUGAUUGUAGCCCACGCGUCUUCCUUAGAGGCCUGCACACGCCAGCUGCAGGGCCGCAGCCCACAGAGCGCCAAGGACUUCAUCCAAGUCGUCCGAAAGAUCCCGUACCUGGGCUUCUGCUCCUGUGAGGAGCAGGGAGACACGGGGGUGUGGCAGUUAGUGGACCCUCCCAUCCUCCCCCUCACACAUGGACCAAACCACACCUUUGACUGGAGGGAGACACUCCUGCAAGAAUGAUGUCUGGCUGAUCUGAACAACUUCCCCCUCCAACCCGAUCACACUGUACUCCCACAGAACGCAGUUACGAGUAUCAGAGCAGUUUCCCCCCCAAAAAAUACUGGAACUUUUCUCUUUUCAGCUUCUUAACACAGCUGCUGGUGUCGGAGCAGUGACAGUUGAAGGAGUUUGCUGCCUGUGGACGAGGAGUCGAGUCCCAGUCAGUGAAUUGACUGGUUUCAGCAGUGAUUUAGGAAAUGUCCGUGGCCAGAAUUCAGUCUUUUUUUUUUUUUUUGAAAGAAUGAAGGAGAAGCCGAUCUGGGGAGUAGGGCUGAGUGUCAGAUACAGCACAGUCUCAGGAAAUUUUGUGAAAUUAGCAUUAGCUCCGCCUCUGUGUAUGAUUAACAAGAAAAAUAUUUUCCUCACACAAAUAUAUCUGAUAAAGUAAACAGGAUUGUGACACUGGGGUAAAGCCAUUGAAAGCAAAGCUGUGGAAGUUGGAGAGUUCAGCUGGCUUUCAGCUCAGAAGACUCAGGUUCUGUGUCUGUUUAGUAACGUUUAUUUUAACUGAACAUUUUCCACAUUUCACUGAGCCAAAACAAAGCUUUAGCUAAACAACCCGAGCACGGAGCAAACACUGCUCAGCUGUGCUCUGACCUGAAUUCCAGCCAGUCUCGUGGUAAAUGUUAGCCAUCUUGUUAGCCUGAUAACACGCUGCGUUAGCGUGUCCUUAUUACAGAGGAUAAACCAUCUUUGGGUAACAACAUGCCAGUUUUCACUCCACUAAUAUUAGAUAACAAAGUUGCUUCACCGUCAUUCAUUCAUCCAGACAUUUUAUUUUCAGGUUUGUAAUGACAGCCUCAGUGGGUUGCUGGGUUGGCCGCAGAGUUUUAACUGCAUGGCAGAGUAGCAGCUGCAGGUUGAUAUUUGGGCUAAUAUUAGUUUACAUGGGUGGACAGUAACUACAUGUUUGCAUAAGCAGUGUCCACAGCAUACAUAAUUUGCAUUUGAGUUUGUGCUUAUUUCACAAAAUUUAUGGAGUAUUAAGAAUUUGUAAUGAGCGUGACAACAGUAUUGCUUUCCUGCACAGAUCCCAGUUAGCAUGUCCACAUGGGCUGUUGACUCAGCUCAGCCUGAACCACAGAGCUCCAGAUCUGAAUGAAAACAGAUGGUUUAAACAGUUUGAAAAGAAAUAACACCUUUUGUCCUGCUUGCCUCUCUUCAGUAGCUGAGGGGAAAAGCUAUCAGAUCGGGCUUCAGGUCUUCAUCGGGGACUUUCCUGAUGCUCCUGAUGUGGCCCCUCAUGUUGUCUGUAUUUUGGCGCCACAUGUAGCACAUACAGUACAGCUGUGUUUUCUACCAGUCAUGUAGUGUAUGUUAAAAAAAAAAAAAAAAUCAAAUGUUUGCAACUGUAACAGCACAACCUGCACUAAUGACAAUCAUACAGUAGCUUCUUGAUUCUG